AUGCCAGACUUCACCGAUACGCUUCGUCCAAGUCAACCUGAUGGACCCACAACCCUCGCUCGUGAGCGAGGGCAGUCCGACCUCUCAGUGGAUGGGUUAAGUAAGCACUUGUUUCCAGCAGAUGGGUUUCUCGAGAGGCAAGCUCGGAUACUACACAUCCUGCAGAAAGAGCCACUUUUCUCGAAGGAAAAACAACAAAACCUGUCACGAGUGGAACGAUUCAAGCUUGGCCUGGCGCGUGCAAAGUUACUGCGCCGAAUGACUGAUCAGCAUCGAUGGGAUCAUGAAGAUUAUAAGAUGGCCCAGUACUUGGUCGAUGACGUCUCUCCAUACUUUUUGCACAUGGAGAUGUUCGUCACGACCAUUCGAGAGCAAGCAAGUGAAGAGCAGCGUGCCUACUGGAUGCCUUUGAUUGAGUCAUGGAAGAUCAUCGGUGCGUACGCUCAGACUGAGCUUGGCCAUGGUAGCAACGUUCGAGGUCUUGAGCUUGAGGCACGUUGGGAUAGUAGUACCAAGGAGUUUAUCCUGCACAGUCCCACGCUGACGGCAAGUAAGUGGUGGAAUGGAAGCUUGGGUCGUGUUGCCAACCAUGCCAUCGUUGUCGCCCAGUUGUUUCUUCCAAAGCCAGGAUCACCAGAGCAAUACGUAUCUCACGGCCCACAUCCUUUUAUUGUGCAAGUGCGCGACAUGAAGUCACAUCAACCUCUGAAUGGGGUUGUGAUUGGAGACAUUGGACCUAAAUAUGGAUAUAUCACUAUGGACAAUGCCUAUAUGCUCUUUGACAACUUCCGCAUCCCUCAUUCUGCGAUGCUAUGCCGAUACUCAAGUGUCGAUCCCAGUUCCGGGACGUAUACAAAGCCAGAGCAACCAGCUCUUGUUUAUGGAUCUUUAACAUACGUCCGCGCAAACAUUGUCCACCAUGCCAGGCUAGUGCUCGCAAGAGCAGUCACAGUCGCAGUUCGAUACACUGCCAUUCGGCGACAAUUUCAAGAUCGAGAUAGUGACAAGAAUGGGCCGGAGAUGUCAGUUCUCGACUAUCCGACCGUUCAAAUUCGCAUCCUCCCGCUAGUAGCGACCGCAUUUGCGCUUCAUUAUACUGGUCUGUCCAUGCAAAAUGUGUAUCGAGCUACCCGAGAGGAUAUUGAAAGCGGAGAUUUCCGUUCCUUGGCUCAUAUGCAUAGUAUGUCAUCAGGACUAAAGAGUCUAUGUACCAUGCUUGCUGCCGAUGGAAUCGAGACCUGCAGACGAGCAAUGGGUGGACACGGCUUCGGUGGUGGGAGCGGCCUCAUCCAGCUAAAUAACGACUACCUUUCCAAGCCCACGGUCGAGGGUGACAAUUGGAUGAUCACGCAGCAAGUUGCCGCGUAUCUAAUCAAGAAGAUGACCGAUGCGGUGGAAUCAAUCAACACUCCCGGUACAGAUGAGACCGAUGCUCGAUUUAAAGAGUUCAUUCGAGCGAAGCGACAAGCUGGUGCUAGCCAGCCUAUCUCACUGUCGAACGAUCAAGAUAUCGUGAAGAGCUUCGAGCUUCGAGCAACAGCUUUGGCAUACGAUGCAUAUGAGCAGCGUGUAUUAAAGAAACAAAAUUGGAAUAGCCUUCUCAUCCAGCUUCACAAGUUGAGCAAAGCUCAAUCUCAGUCAAUUCUAGUGGCCACUUUCUUCAAAGCUUUGUCAACAGAUCAGACUCUCUCAGGUCCAACGAAGACAGUUUUGUGGGACGUCUUCCGCCUGUUCGCUCUUUAUACCAUGGAGAACGAAGGAUAUGAAUUCUUCCGUUGCAAUGCUGUCGCUCGGUCCAGUCUCAACGCCCUUCCGUCGCGCGUCCAGGGGUUGAUGGCACGGAUACGCCCACAUGCUGUCAACUUGGUUGACUCGUGGAAGAUUCCGGACUACCUAUUAGAUAGUGCUCUGGGGCGAUAUGACGGUCGUGUAUACGAGGAUCUCUACAAUAGGGCUCAUCGCUUGAACCCGUUGAACAGGAUCACAUUCAACCCGAAUUACUGGGAAGAGGAGAUUGUUAUGGGCACAGGAGAAAAUGGUCGGAAUAUUUUGUCCAAAUUGUAG